GUGAGAAGUGUGAACGAAGCAGAUAUCCUGAUGAUUGGUGCCCGCUUUCUAUCCUCAACGAAUGUUGACAUGUCCAUGCACUUGCAGGAGUUUACUGGCUAGGAAAAACUCGAUGUGAAACCGCCAUAGGCCAAGAGCACUGAUAAUAAACUUUUUAGAUGCAGGGUUUGGGAAGACGCGACCCUAACGCUAUCUCCAAUACAGUAUUGAGGUUUGAUCCACACGUCACUAACUUAUAAUGGUGUCGUCCCCAGCCCUGAUAUUAUUUCUGUCAUUUUGUUCUGAUUUCCUUCCUUCAUAAUUGAACUCUUUUCAGAGCUAUCGUUUUCUUCAAUUGCCCGACAUAAGAAACUUCUCUAGCUAAAGCUACCAAGCCACAAAGGAUCUUGCACAUGCCACAAAAGCAAUUAUCCAGCUGCUGCUACAAUUCUUCCAAUUGAUAGCACAAUAAAAGAAUCUAGAACAUGGCGCUCUCACCAACUGCUGCUCGGGCAUUGGAGCAGGUCAAGAUGGGCCUUUACAUGCUCCGUGGAGCUGAUUACUUCACCGAAGAAGAAUGGAUCAAGAUCGAUGGCUUGAUUCAUAAAGGUCGAUAUGUAUUCACGAACGGCCCACAACAACAGCACGUUCUCGACCAAGAAUUGAUCAGCUUCGACGACAUCAACGAGCAGAACGAUUUCAGCGUUCAGAUUCCUCCGAGAGCUUUCAACACCAUCAAAGCAGAGAUUAUGGAAGUCUCUGAACGGCAGGUCCAUUCCCCUAUGUCGGAUCCUGCCGACUUGACCGACUUGGAAACACCCAAUACCACUUCUGCAGAAGUUUCUUCUGACGAUGAACCUUCUCUCCCAAACACAACGGACAAGACUUCUACAACGACUUCUCAGCCUGCUGAGCCUACUCCUACCCCGAAACGCGAACCAGUGGCACGCCCCAUAAACGGCGGCUUGUCAUUCUAUACACAAGCUCAAUUGGACGAAGUCAAUGCCUUCAACUCAGGGCUCACAAAGGCAGGGCAAAAGUCUAAGCCUGGCAAACACAAGAAAAAUGGUGAAGAAUCAUACCCACCAUCAGCUUGGUCCCAAAAUGAGGCCUCAGAGCCGGCAGCAUACCAGACUCCAACGCCCUCUGAGCACGCAACCCGCUCUCAAAUUCAGACCUGGGCAUCAGAUGUCCAAGCUCAAGACGCGUCUCCCAGCAGUACACCAGAAAUUGCAGCACCAGCUCCAACCAAGACAUGGACUGCAACUCCACCACUAGCACCCAAGCCUAUCAUCGAAGCUUUCAAGAAGACGCAUGGUCACAGCCCCAAGUCAAUCAACGAUAUCGCACAACCUAACAAUCCUGAAUUUCGUCCUUUGACAGCUCGUCCCGUGUCCCGUGUCUCCCACAAGUCCGCCAAAUCGUCUGCCAAAUCUGCUACUCCAGUACCUCCGUCAAUCCUUAACCCGCACAAGCCCCUACACUUCAAACCUGGCGUUGUCAUAAUCGCGCCAAGAGACGUACCUAAGAUGUCCCCCAUCCACCUGGAGAUCAAGGCCGGUGAUCAAAUCAAGGUCUGCAAGCACGUCUCUGGCAUCACACAUGGAGGCGAGAACUUGAGGACCAAACAGAGAGGCCAAUUCACAGAAGAUGCUUUCAAGAAGGGUGUCAUGUCGGCCGAGACUCUGAUCCAGCAGCAGAGAGCAGCGUUAAGUGCAAAAUCUGUGGCCAUGACGGCAAUGAGUGUUAGCACUGUCUCCAAUGGACUAGAGAGGAUCGAGGGCAUCAAUGCUCAGGAGUGGGAUGAUGUUAAAUACGUCUCCGAGGCAAAGACGAGCAUGCCUGCACGACCCAACACAGUGCAGCCGCAGAUUCUGAAGCCUACUGCUAUCGGUCUUGGAGCAAGUCGUUUUGCCGACGAGGACGAAAGCGUGAAGUCCGGUAGCGAGAACCACGAGUUCCAAGGCAUGAGCAAAGAGGAAAUCAACCAGCUAUUCGACGAGAGACUCGCCAAAAUCCUCGCAGCCCAACAGCCCAGCACUCUAAUCCAACCCCCCAAAGCACCCUGGACCCUCCCCCGCAAACCCCCCAUCACCGACCCCCUCAAGAAAGUAACCCCCAAAACAGCAACCUGCUGGUGGUGGGCAACCCCCAACAAAGAAUGCCGCUUCACCGCCGACGAGUGCCGGGACCUGCACGCCUACCUACCCGCCACCGCCGCCAUCGACCCGGCCAACCUACGCAUGGGGAAACCGACCUGGGGCGCGCUCGCCGAUUCCCUGCCGGCGAAACCACCCACUGGCUCAGAAAACAGCGAAGAGGGGCCCAGCGGACAAGCGAACACGGGGCCCUUUAAGUCGAAGACGUGCUGGUAUUGGGCGAACGAUGCGUCGGGGUGUAAUAACUCGGCGGAGGAGUGCAAAUACCUGCACGAGCGCAGUCCCGCGGGUGUAGCUAAUAAGCCGAAUGCGUGGAAGAAGUUGCCGUGGAAUCGGUUCGCUAGUCCGGGGGAGAAGGAAGGUGGGUGCGCGUGGACUGUUAAUGGGGAUGGGGAGAUGGAUGGUGGUGGAGAGGUGAGAGAGCAGGUGGUUGAGACUGCGCGUGCGGUGAAUGAGUGGGGAUACUUGAAUAAGACUGGACCUAGUGCGUGGGCUGCUGAGGUUUCUGCUACGGUUAGUCUGAGUGGUUGGGGUGCUGACAGCGACAAGUAUAAGCCGCCGCAUAUCAAGGCUUUGGAAGAGAAGGCUCUUGUUGAGGCUGUUGGCUGGUAAAGCGUAUCUGGGCCUAUUUCAUCUUUUGUCUGGAGUCUGUUUCUGUUUGUGUUUGGAGCAAGUUGGUUGUUUUUGUUUGUGUGAGCGAUGGAUUGAGAGCGUUAUUUCUUGAGUUUAUGUGGAGAGAUGAUGUGGAGGAAGUUCAACUGAGCAAUACUUCUCGAAGUUAUAUUAUGCCUGGGAGAGUGGGAAACGGGCUUCGCUAUGCGAAAAACAACAGUUAUUGAACAAAUUCAAGUGGGGGAGAGGAAGGAUUCGGGAUCUUUAUGGAAUGGAGAAUGUAUUCGACAUCUUAUCGAUCAUUGAACAGGAGGUGGAAGAAAAAGUCCUCCACGAGAGGAAGAGAAAAGAAAUUGGAAUCCACAAUAGUAUCGGAAAGCUUAUGGGACCUGGGAAUUGGGAUGGAUAUUCAGCAAAAUAACAAGAAACAGAGACGACUUUACGAAAU